CUCCGCCCCGGCCCCGGCCCCGGCCCCGGCCUCGGCCCCGGGGAUGCCGCGGGGGCGGCGCGGCUGAGCCCCCCAGCCCCGCUGCGCCGCCGGCCCCGCCCGCCGCCGCCAUGGCCGGUAAGCCCCGCAGCGGCUGCGAGGCGCUCCGGGUGGUGGCCCGGUGCCGGCCCAUGAGCCGGCGGGAGGAGGCGGCGGGAUACGAGCGCGUCCUGGAGCUGGACGUGAAGCUGGGCCAGGUGAGCAUCCGCAACCCCCGCGCCGCCCCCGGGGAGCUGCCCAAGACCUUCACCUUCGACGCCGUGUACGACGCCAGCUCCAAGCAGGCCGACCUGUACGAUGAGACGGUGCGGCCGCUCAUCGACUCGGUGCUGCAGGGCUUCAACGGCACCGUCUUCGCCUACGGCCAGACCGGCACCGGCAAGACCUACACCAUGCAGGGCGCCUGGGCGGAGCCCGAGAAGCGCGGCAUCAUCCCCAGCGCCUUCGAGCACAUCUUCACCCACAUCUCCCGCUCGCAGAACCAGCAGUACCUGGUGAGGGCCUCGUACCUGGAGAUCUACCAGGAGGAGAUCAGGGACCUCCUCGCCAAGGACCAGAGCAAGAAGCUGGAGCUGAAGGAGAACCCCGAGACCGGGGUGUACAUCAAGGACCUCUCCUCUUUUGUGACCAAGAACGUCAAGGAGAUCGAGCACGUGAUGAACCUGGGCAGCCAGACGCGCUCCGUGGGCAGCACCAACAUGAACGAGCACAGCUCGCGCUCCCACGCCAUCUUCCUGAUCACCAUCGAGUGCAGCGAGACGGGGCCGGACGGCGAGGAGCACAUCCGCGUGGGCAAGCUCAACCUCGUGGACCUGGCCGGCAGCGAGCGCCAGAACAAAAUGGGGAGCCACGGAGAGCGCCCCAAGGAAGCCUCCAAGAUCAACCUCUCCCUCUCGGCCCUGGGCAACGUCAUCUCGGCGCUGGUGGACGGGCGGAGCACGCACAUCCCCUACCGGGACUCCAAGCUCACCCGCCUGCUGCAGGACUCCCUCGGGGGCAACGCCAAGACAAUCAUGGUGGCCACCUUGGGCCCGGCCUCCCACAGCUACGACGAGAGCCUCUCCACCCUCAGGUUCGCCAACAGGGCCAAGAACAUCAAGAACAAGCCGCGGGUGAACGAGGACCCCAAGGACACCUUGCUGCGGGAGUUUCAGGAGGAGAUCGUCCGGCUGAAAGCGCAGCUGGAGAAACGCGGGAUGCUUGGCAAGAAGAGGAGGAGGAGCAGCCGGAGGAAGAAAGCAGUGGAUGGAGAGGGCACCGUGGACAAUGAAGGGGAGGAUGAGAAUGAGGAUGGCCUGGAGAAGACCAUGGAGAAUUACUUGAAGGAGCAGAAGGAGAGGCUGGAAGAGGAGAAAGCCGCUAUCCAGGAUGACCACAGCCUGGUGAGUGAGGAGAAGCAGAAGCUGCUCCAGGAGAAGGAGAAGAUGAUAGAGGACCUGCGGAAGGAGCAGGAGGCCACGGAGCUGCUGGCCAUCAAGUACAAGGUUCGUGUUGUCACCCCCAUGGUGACAAAUGGGGUGCCUGCUGUGCCCCCAGCCUGUGGUCUGGAUGGGAAUGGAUCCCAAGCAGGGAGCCUGGGGGAGGUGUCCAGGCAGGGUCCCCCAAGGGCAGCCCCAGGCUCCGGCGUGGGGCUGGGCUGGGGUGGCCCUCAGACCUGUGUGGGGACGCUGUGGGGACCUGUGUGGGAGCUGCAGGGGGUGGCAGGGAAGGGCCACAGGGGAGAGGGUCACUGGUGGCACGAGUGUGCCGUGCUCCGCUCUUGUCCUCUUCGGCACAACAAAGCAGCUCGGGUGGGAAGGGGGAGUGAUGAGAGUGAUGCUGCAGAUUCGUCCCUGCUGGCCUCGGGAGUGAGCCCAGGGCUGGGGCUGGGGACACGGGGCACCUGCCCCCAGUUCUGUCCAGCCCCUGGCUCCCAGUGGGCUCUGUGGGGAUGGGCAGGCCUGGCAUCCCUGCAGGGACCCCCAUCCCCCUCCCCACCCCAAAUCCUUCCUACCUCCCCAAGCCAGAGCAGGGUGCAUGGGGGCACCACUGCUGGCUCAGGGAUGCUCAGGGGUUUGGUGCUGAGGGUGAGAGGGGCCACGGCUGUGCCAGGGGUCUGGGCUGCACCUCCUCCUGCCCCAGCCCUGCUGCUGUCCCCCUUCCCUCCUGCUCGUGGUGGUCAUGGGGCUGGGACCACAGUCCCAGAACACAGCGACAGCAGAGCACAAAUCCCCCCUGUGCCAGAGGGGCGCAGCCUGCUGUGA